AUGAGGCGCAAGCGCAGUGCAGGUUUUCCUCUGAGUGGAGUCAGUCAGCGGUUGACGUGCGUUUGAGUCACAGGUUUUUCAUUAUUUCUCGUCGUUGUUUCAUUUGUGUGUGGUUGACGCGAUGAGGCUGUUGAGUAAACUGCUUCUGCUGCUCUUGUUGGCGUUUCCAGCGGCGCUUGUCAUGAAGGGUCCUGUGGUGUCCGCACAGGACGCUACUGAAGAAGAGGAGGCUGUGGAUGAAGAUGCGGCUGAUGAUGUGAUGGCUGAGGAUGAAGAUGAUGAAGCUGAGGUGGAAGAUGACGACAACACUGAGCUAACUGAAGAAAAGGAAGAAGAGGAAGAAGAAGGUCUGGUGGGGGAGAUGAAGGCUUCACCCAACGCCGACACCACCAUCCUCUUCGUCAAAGGAGAAGAUUUUCCUGCCAACAACAUCGUGAAGUUUCUGUUGGGAUUCACCAACAAAGGUCCGGAAAACUUCAUCGUGGACUCUUUGGACGCUUCGUUCCGUUACCCUCAGGACUUCCAGUUCUACAUCCAGAACUUCACGGCUCUUCAGCUGGGUACAGUGGUUCCACCUCAGCGUCAGGCCACUUUUGAAUAUUCCUUCAUCCCUGCCGAGCCCAUGGGUGGACGUCCCUUCGGUCUGGUCAUCAACCUCAACUAUAAAGACAGCAGCGGUAACGUCUUUCAGGAUGCCGUGUUCAACCAGACAGUGACUAUCACUGAGAGGGAGGACGGUCUGGACGGAGAGACAAUCUUCCUGUAUGUGUUUUUGUCUGGUCUGAGUCUGCUGGUGAUCGUCGGCUUGCAUCAGCUACUGGAGUCACGCAAGAGGAGGAGACCAGGUAAAGUUGAGAUGGGAACCUCUAACCACAAUGAUGUCGACAUGAGCUGGAUCCCACAGGAGACACUCAACCAGAUCAUGGCGAGUCGACGAGAUAAAGCAUCUCCCAGGAGAUCUCCACGCAAGAGGACUCAGAAACGCUCCGCCGGAUCAGAUGAGUGAGAGAAACGCUCAUCACUGCUGCUCAUCACGCGGCUGCUCUUGUGUUUUCAGAGGAAUAACAGAUUCUGCUCAUCACUGAACACACAGACUGAUACACACACACACACACACACACACUGCAGAUGGUUUUUUUAGGUAACACACAAGUGAAAUGUGCAGGUCAGCUAUUAAAGCAUCUGUAGUUUUGCUUUAUUUUUCAAAUGUUGUUUGUCAUGUCAUUUUGAUUCUUUACUCGUGUCUGUUGUUCUGCAUGAGCUCAUGAAUGUGUGGAGGAUUCUGGGAUUUGGUUUGAUCCGCAAUGUUUUGUUUUUUGCUUCUAAUUGAUUCUUUAGUUUUUAAACUUUUUUUCUGCUGACAUUUCAGCCGAUGAAUUGAUACUGCCUGAUUGAUCUUGAACAUGGAAAACAAUUUGCUUUCAUAAGGUGCCUGCUUACCAUUAAUAGACUUUAAAUUCUAGUACUUUCCUCACAGAUUGCUCCGCGAUUAACACGUAUGUAUUAGUGUGAUUGAGGCGUGCGUGUGUGAAAUCUGAGCUUGUGCUGUUGAGAAACUGAUGGUGUUUGUGUUUGCUACUUCACUGCACAAACACACACUUUUUCCUGAUGUGAUUUCUGGACUAUAAUGCUGAUGCUGGGUUUAUCACAGCUUCAUUUCAGGACGACAGUUUUUCGUUUUUUUGUGUUCGGAACAAAUUGAGAACAUUUUUCACCGAGCGAGUGCUGUAAGAUGUGAAGUUCAAGAUAUACUUGGACAAAUAAACAUGAAUAAAUCUG